CGCGGCUGCCUUCCGGUGGAGGUGACAGUGACUGAGGAAACUCGUCCUGUUGCGGCCACUUCCAACAGGGCCCCCGCUCCUACGGACAGCUUCGCCCUCGGCUCAGCCCAUCACCCCUGGGAUCGGUGGCAAAGACAAACCCACCGCCACCCCGCCUGCUGUUGUUUUAUUUAAGGGGAACGGGGAGUUGUGGGGAGGGUGGGUGGUGUGGAUUGGAGGAGAAGGUGGCGAGUGGUUGCUCGGCGCCGAGUUCACUCGCUGUCGAUCGUUCCUCAGGCUUUUGAAGCGUUAACUGGGUGGUUAAGAUGGCGGCCGUGGGGAGCGGGGAAGAAGAGCGCAGCCUGCGAGAGUGUGAGCAGUAUGUCCACAAACACAACAUCCAGCAGGUCCUUAAGGACUGCAUCGUUCAGCUCUGCAUCGCCAGGCCCGAGAAACCCAUCACCUACCUCAGGGAAUACUUCGAGAAACUCGAGAAAGAGGAGGCAAGACAGAUGCACAAUCAACAGAAAUCAGGUUCACGAUCUGACUCACGUGAGGAUGAAAUUUCUCCACCUCCACCCAUGAACCCAGUGGUGAAGGGACGACGGCGGCGUGGGGCAAUUAGUGCUGAGGUUUACACUGAAGAAGAUGCUGCAUCAUAUGUGAGAAAGGUAAUUCCUAAGGAUUACAAGACUAUGGCUGCUCUGGCUAAGGCCAUUGAAAAGAAUGUGCUGUUUUCACAUUUGGAUGACAAUGAAAGAAGUGAUAUUUUUGAUGCAAUGUUUCCAGUCACUUACAUUGCUGGUGAAACAGUCAUUCAACAAGGUGAUGAAGGGGACAACUUCUAUGUCAUUGAUCAAGGAGAGAUGGAUGUUUACGUUAACAAUGAAUGGGUGACCAGCAUUGGGGAAGGUGGCAGUUUUGGAGAACUUGCACUGAUUUAUGGAACCCCAAGAGCAGCAACUGUCAGAGCAAAGACCAAUGUGAAAUUGUGGGGUAUUGACCGGGAUAGUUAUAGGAGAAUUUUAAUGGGAAGUACCUUGAGAAAGAGAAAGAUGUAUGAGGAGUUCCUUAGUAAGGUCUCCAUUUUAGAAUCUCUGGAUAAAUGGGAGCGUUUGACUGUGGCUGAUGCAUUGGAACCAGUACAGUUUGAAGAUGGACAGAAGAUUGUUGUGCAAGGAGAACCAGGCGAUGAAUUUUUCAUUAUUUUGGAGGGUACUGCAGCUGUUUUACAGCGCAGGUCAGAAAAUGAAGAGUUUGUUGAAGUUGGAAGAUUGGGGCCAUCAGACUAUUUUGGUGAGAUUGCUCUUCUGAUGAAUCGUCCUCGUGCUGCCACUGUGGUAGCGCGUGGUCCGUUGAAGUGCGUGAAACUGGACAGACCUCGAUUUGAACGUGUCCUGGGUCCCUGCUCUGACAUACUCAAACGAAACAUCCAGCAGUACAACAGCUUUGUAUCGCUGUCUGUCUGAAAUCUUCUCUGCUGCUGCAGCAUCUGCCAGAGCGAACUGCCUCAUUUGUCUAAAAUGCCGUUUCCUGUGGCAAGACCACCACCAGUCCCACAGCUUCCUAAUUGUCAGAGAAGGCAUUCCCUUUGUAGCAUUCAAUGUCACAUUUGCUUUGCGUCUUUCUCACACUGCAUCAGCUUUCUUCAGUCAAUAUAGCUUCAUUUAAGAUUUUUUUUGUUUGAUGCUUGUGUGGAACUCUUCCCAUUGAUUUUUAUUUAUGAAGAUUAAAACUUUGCUGUUUUAACUGAACAGUGUGAUUGAUACCCAGAUAAUUAAGCUUCUGUUUGGUAGUAUGAGCAGAGGAUUUUGAGCCCUUUAACUUGCUCUGUUUCAAGGUACGUUAUAGUGUGUUCAUGAGCCUUGAAUCUCAAAAUUGUACUCCUGGAAAAUCUUGGGUUUUAGGCUGGAGAGUUUCAAUUAUUUUUGGGACUUCUUGAGACAACAUGUUUGUUUUUUAGUGUGGUCAAGGCAGAAAACGCUUAAAUAAAAACAUGCUCAAAAUAUAUUUCUAUGUAGCAUUUGCACUUGGCAAAACAAUGCGUGAGGAAAAGCAUCUAAAUUGAGAUUAGAUUUUUUUCUUCAUCUUACUUUUUAAAAACAAAUACAUUUUAACUUUUUUGCUAUGAAGCAAAUUAAAAACAUUGUUUUCUUUUGUGUAGCUUUAGGUCUUGCAUUAUGAGGAUCUUAUAGGCCUGUGUGAUUUUUGCCAAGUCUAUUUACAUCACUCCCAGUUGCACAUUAAGUUUCAUUCAGACGUUUUUACAAAAAAAGCUUGAUUUUUUUCCCAGUAAUCUCCCAAAUAUUUAAUGGUGCCUGCCUAUCUUUGUGCAGCAGUUGUAGCAAAAUCUUUGCUUGCAAAAAAAAUUAAUGUACAUUUAUAAUCACUUUAUAUACAAUACAAUUUUUCUUUAAAAACGCAACAUCAUUAUAACUCAGUCACUGUUGGUUUGGUUAAUCGGAUCACCUUUUUGUUUUGGCGAUCAAAUGCUUUUGACAUCUUAUUCUUAUGGAUGCAGGCCGUGGUAAUGGUCGAGAUUUAUACAUAUUGCAGAAAUCUUGCAAUAAUAGGCAUAUCAGGUUCUCAGCCCAUAUCAUUGUGCACUUUCAACAGCUAAGAACUACCACAGUCUUUUCUUUUUAGCCUCUCUUCCUGACAACAGAAGCUAAAUUCUAUUAGUCUUGGGUGUAUUUGAUAUGCAGCCAGAAAGUCACCAAUUCUGUUUGACUUGUUUGCUUUUCUAGUGUAUGAGCUUUGCCAAUAGUGCUGGAACACUGCACAGAAGCGUACUGUGCCAUUCCAUCUCCAAUAGGGAAAUUAAACCAGUCGUGCUACACUUGAAACAUGCUUCUUGCUGGACAGUGAUGGAGUUUUAUUGGCAUAAACUGUAGAAACGUCUGCAGCCUAAAUUGAGAUUGAUACAGCAUUGAAUUCUGUAGGGAUGGAUUAACAAAGCUAGAUGUAUUGGUCUGCUCUGUACCAGGUAAAAAAUUGAAUUGAAAGGCUUUGUUUGCUUCUGGUGAUUUUACACAUACUGGCAACUAAGUGGUACAGAUUUUACUGAUCUGUUGUUUUUGAAAUUACUAAAUGUAUUGCUUUUCCUUAAGUAGGGCAGCAAGCACUCAAUUGUUGCUAUUGCCAGAGCAAUAAUUCAAAACAUCAACUGCAAGCAAUCUCAAUCAUACAAUGAUAAAGUUAGAAAUCUUGUUUUUGGAAAUGUAUGUAAUAUGUUGAUACCCCAUCAAAUUUUAACAAGUAACUUUUUAAUCUGUAAUUUUGUUAGUGAUCCUGCUAGUGACCAUGAUAGCUAGUUAGUUUGGACUACAAUAUUUGCAGAUUGAUUUACACUCUAAUUUUAUAUACAAUUGGCUUUCAAUUUCUUGUUGAGACAGAGCUAGUGAAAGGGUUACAAAAUUAAACUUUUAUGUAUUAAGCAAAUGUAAUUUCAUUCCAAGAACAAAAGAGUAAACAUUCCUUUUUAGUAACAAACCAGUACUGUCUUCACAGGUACUGGUGCAGGUACUGUGUGCAUUUGUACUUGACCAGCACUGGCAGCGCAAUGUUGGGCGAUGGUAUCCCUAACUCUUCUGCAGUCCUGACCCAGUCUAUAAACUAUCCACUGCUAUUUGGAGCUUAUUAAUAGCUCUGGACAUGUUUGGGUAUUAAGUAGCUGUCUUGUGCUAGACUGGGAUGGUGCAAUGUGGUUUCUAUUUAAAUGAAGAUUAAUGGCUGACAUUUAAGUUGGUGCAGUGCUUUAGUACCCAUGUUAUUUUGUGUUUAAUUAUAGUUGCACUUCUUUGCUAUUCACAGUAGCUGGCACUGUUGUUCCAUUAUUGGCAUACACCAGAGCUCAGCCGAAAUUAUACAAGUGUACACCCAGACACACUAGUAAAAUGCAGAAACCAAAAACUGGAUGUGUUAUCCCUAACUAGCUGAAACACUGGCAUUCUGAAAUGUACUACAACAGCUUUUCAGUAUGGCAUGACAUGCAAUUUUACUUUGAGACUUUGAACAUUGCUGAGUCUUAAUGACAUUUCAGUAUUUCACAGCUUUGUAUUACGUGUGCUCAUUUCGCACAUUUUACAAAUUCCACACAGCUGUAAUUAGAUGAAAUUAUAUCCAUUAUUCUAUAUACAAUGAUUUUAGAUUAGAAUAAGUGUUUGAAUUGUACAGCAAGCUAAAACUAAAUUGCUUGGAGAGUUGGGUUGGGCAUAGGCUAUUUGUAGGUUUUCCUUUGUUAUUGAGUUUUCUUAUUAAACCAAGUUUUUAUUAGGCACAAAUAUUGCUAUAAGUGAGAUAACCUGAUGCAAAAUUGCAAAGUCAUUUCAGCUAUCUGUGCAGUGUGCACAGUAGAAAUGAUUAGAUGUAACUUGCAUGUUUUUCAGUUUAUCCAUGCAGUUACCUUUACGACGCUGUGUAGUGUGAAGAUGUAGCGUAAAAAUCUAUGAAUAAAGAAAGACUAGUGUGUUGAGGGCAUGAUAACUUUCACUUGAGUAGAAGUUUGCAUGGGCCAGUUCCAUUCUGUUGUAGGGGGGAAGGAGGUGGAUUUUCCUUUGGGAUCUAAGUAAUGUCUCUUGAGUAAUCAUAGUAUGGCAGUCAUGAAUGUCAUGCCCAAUUCUUGUUGUGACAGUGAGUUACAUCUAUUGACCUUUUUGUUUAAUAGAAAACUAUAAAUUGAACUUAUAUGAGUAACCUUUAAUGUUUGAUUAUUGAUUGGAAUUCCUUUUCUAAUGAGUUAAUUCCUGUUUCAUCAAUUUCAACUUGCUUGGAAGUUGAGUUGAGAGUAAGGCUGAAAUUUAUUAGCCUAAUUUGGUUUGAUAUUCCUAGCAUAGGCAAAAUUUAAAUCAGCUGCUUAUGGGAGGUAUCCUUCCAAAUAUAUUGGUAUGUUGCGUAGUUGAAACCUGUUGCUUUAUAUUUAAUUUUUUUAUCUUGAUUAAUUGGGAAAAUUUAACAAAGCAGAUGAAUGUCAUUCCAGGAUUGAGCUUACCAAUACUGUUGAUUACCAGUAUGAGUGACAUUGACACCAUAUUCCAGCAAUUUUGAAACUCUUCGCAGAGUCCAACUGCAACAACCCUAGCAUCUAGCAGAUUGUCUUUGGCUUGCUGCACAUUCUUAAGGUUUUUAUUUACCUAACUUUUAUUAUAAAGCAGCUGAUGAGUUUGAAUAAUCUGAUGCAGUUGAAGCUUUAACUAUUGUGUGCAAUCAGAACUGUAUGUACAAACGACCACGGUUUGAUGUAGUUUGCCUUAGCUAUCUUAUGUGGGGAUCAGAGUGAUCCUCACUAGCUUACCUACAAAAGUUGCAAAGUGAGAAUACAGCGUGAUAAUAUGUAGAUUAUCCAAGGACCAUUUUUUGUAUUGUUCCCAAUGACUGUAUAAGAUCAGAUGUAUGUGCUAAAAUAAUCCUUUUGUUAUAGAGUGUCCUAAUGACGACAGGUCAAGCAAUAAAAGUUAAUUAUUAAAAAGAAAA